AUGUGGUGUUUGCUGUUUUCAAUAGUGGUAACGAGCAUUUUCUCGCGAGUUCCUGGAAAAGAGGGAGAUCGUGAUGCGUACAGAGUCGCUGAGAAGGUCACUGAAGCCGGACCAGGAUCUGCUAUGCCUUACCGCGCUGGAUUCGGAAGAGGAGCUCCACCGCCGCAAAAGUUCCACCUAAUCAACCCAUAUUUUCUCUCAUGUGUGGGUCUACUGCUUGGAUGGCGUGUUACGAAGUGCUUUUGGAAAACGAUUACUGAGUUGGUCGCUACAAUAGCCGCCGACCAGUCGACGUUUGUCCAGUCAACUUUAACUGUGAUAGAGUAUGCUAUUGUGAAAGACACCAUUGAUGACAUUGAUUAUUACAAUUUCACGAGAAUAUGCCACGAUUUUCCCUUCAAUUCAGUGAUGUACUUCUUUCAUCCCUUGAUAUUGUACGUGGUUGUAUUCUAUAGCGAGCUGGUUGGAAAAUGGCGGCGAUUCAGGAAAUCAUUUGGGGAAUGGUGUCAUGGCGACAUUGAUAUUGCCCAGCUUGCCGAUCGUAUCAUAGAACCACCGCCAGCGCAGAUAGAUCUUGAUUCUGUGCUCCAUAUGUGCAGUAGUAACCCUGUGCAAAUUCGUGAAGAGGUGUCACUAUUACUGGAAGAUAUGUAUCUGAGGUUAAAACGAAGUCUGUUCGCUGGUGUAUCAACGGCAUUUUUGUCAAUAUUCCUCCCAUGCGUAUUUGUACCGUACAAAACUUCUCUGGGUGUACCUCAAAAGGUGUUAGUGGAUGAAGCGUGGGAAUCCGAGCUGUGUAUCGUCGUAGCUUUGACUGCUUUCUCGCUUUAUAUUACCUACCUGAUGCCACUCAACUACUUGGAUUUGUUGCACAGGUCAGUUUUCUCCUUUUUUCAUUUUCUUGCAUUCUCAUGGCAUUUAUGA